AUGGGCAAUAGAAAGCCUAUGACUGUCAUCAACUCAACCAGAAAGAAGAAAUUCUUGAAUAUUACUUCUGAGUCUUAAGAUUAGAGUUUCAUCAUUCAAAACAGUUUCAAUUAGUCAGUAAUGAAUGCAUAGAUUUCUCCAUCUCAUGAGUUGAAUGGCCCAACUGAUAGGGCUGAUAUCAGUGGAAUUGGAGAUGAUAGUUAGGAUCGAGAAAUGAGGUUAAAUUUCAAACCAGGCAAUGGCUAGCGCAAAGUAGUCAAGAUCAAUGACGAGUACAACGACUCCAUAGCUUAAAUUGAUGAAGAUAGAGACAUAAACUCCGAUAGUUAUUCAGACGAGGGUGAGGAUGAAUAUAUAAGCAGAGGAGAUGACGCUUAUAAAGUUGUUGUUAAUAGUGAUGGGGGAAUGAUUUCUGAUUUUCAAAGACCGACCAAGUCUACCUAGUAGCAUCAGCAGCAGAGUCAAAAUACAUAGUAACAAAAUUAAUAUCAAAUAUCGAAUAGUUCACAGUUUAAUUUAUUUGGAGGAGAAAGCAUAAAGCAAUCUAAGGUCAGCAGUCCAUACAAUAAUCACUUCUUCAGUGGGGGCUCUCUGCCCAUAUUUGAGAGAGUCAAGACUGCUCAUGGAAUUAAAAAGAAGUCUAACAUCUUCAAAAGCACUACUAAUCAAUUAGAUUCAUUAAAUCAGAAACUGGAUAAAUAUGGGCAAAGUGAGGUUUAUGUGGGAAGUUAAGAUUUACAACAAUUAAGUUAAAGGCCUAGCACUAUACAUUCGAAUUUUGGAAGAGUUCAAUCAAAAAGACUCUAACCAACCAUCUCCCUCUCUCAAUAGAGAGAUAAGCGAGUAAUCGCUGAAAAAAGCUUUAUAACUACUGAUUAAGAUAAGCUUAUUUAAAACUCCAACGAUACUACCUUGAAAGGUAUGGAACACGAUUAAAUUUUGUCAGAUUUACAACUUGACUAACUACAAGUUUGUCUUAGAGUAUCUAAAUUAGUCAUUCAUGAUUACAAUGACAUUAAUGAGGAGUAUUAUGCUGUGCAUGGAAAGAACUUUGUUGAGGACCCUGAGCCUACACCAAUCUGCCAUUAUGAAAGAGACCCCAAUACAGGAGACAUUAGAAUUGAUAAGAUGAGAAAUAUCCUUCCAAAGUCCUCACAGUCAGAUGAAUUUGCUAGAAUGACUUAAAGAGAGCGUGAUGAAUACAUGAAAAAUUAACAAGCUAGAGAUGUAAUGGAGGGUUUGAUCCGUAUUCUGAAGAAGAGAGACACUAAGACUAACAUAGAGGUGAUUUAAAAAGAACUGGAUGAGCUUGCAGCAAGGAACAAUCCUUUAAAGAAAUGCUUGAGCAUGUAUAAAAUCAAAUAGAAAAUGGACUAGCUUAAGGAAAGCAGCAUGGCUGAUGAUGAUAAAUUUACCAAGAAAGAUACUACUCUAUCUGGGGAUAGACCUACCUCAAAUCGCAGUCGCAGUCCUAACAAGACUAGAGAGCAAUCUAGGUCUAAGAGAAUCAGUAUGGACUUAAAGGCAUUCAGAGCUGAAGAGCAGCUAUCUUAGGAAGAAGAAGGAAAGAUGCGGUACAAAAUACUCACUAAUUUUGUUAAUGCUUACAAGGAGAAAAUGUUUUUAAGUAGUUCUGUGGGAUUCGGGGAUAGUAAAACUUAAGCUGGAGAGAAGAAUACUAUGACAUUGCAAGAUUUGAAGGAAUAAGCAAUGGCUGAACGCUAGGAUAUCACUCUGGAUUUCGAAUAGUUCAUGAGGAUAUACAACUUCGAAAAGAAUAGAUCAACCACUGGAAAGAAUAGUGUCGUAUUUCCAGGCGUUAAUCAGAGUGCAGAAGUUAAGAAGGAAACUAAGAUUUCUAAGAGCUAUCACAGAAAUGGCAAGGAAAAGAGUUUUAUACCUUCUCCAGUGAAUACUUCAGCAGACAAUACUUUUAAGAAGAGACCAUUGAGUUCUUUUGGAAGGGAGAUAUAAGAUUAGAAGAAUAAAUUAAUGCGAAAAACAAACCAGAUUCGAAGAAAUGUAGAGGAAAAUAAAUCAUUGAUAGAGAAUGUAAAGCAAAGGAAAAGGCAGGAAUAAGAUGACAUUGAGAUUGCUAAAUAAGUUGAUAUGAUAAAGAAAAGAAAUUUCAACAAGAGAUCAUCUAGGUAAAAUGACAGCUAAAACAGAAAUUCUCAGGCAAAUUUUAGUGAAAUGAGUCCAGAAUUCAGGCAAACAGGAACUAAAUCAGGUUAUGGAAUGAUUUAGGAUGGCUCGACGUAGUACAUCCGUGGUGGCACUCCUAUUACGACUUCUGUUUAAUAGGUGAACAACUAAAGACCCUAGACUACAGGGGCGACCAAUUAUAGAGGAAAGAAUAGAAGACUAGUUAGCGGAGGAAUAAUUCUAAACUAAUAGGAAAAUGAAUAACAUUAGACAUUUGACAUGAAAAGGCUGAAUUCCUCUUAACACGAUGGAUUUUAGUUUGAUGCAUAGAGUGGAAAGAACAUUCUUUAAAGUAAAGGCCCCUAAUAUGUUGUGUCUGUCUCAGGUUCUUAGUCAAACCUUGGUUCACAAAAAGUGUCCAGAAGUCUCUGUAAUCUUUUUUAUAUUUUUAACUUGUUAAUAUAGAGACUGCAACUAAUCUUGCAAGACUUUAUGGUGAUUGUAUAAAUGAGAUGA